UUUGGGGGAUGGCACUCUAUACCUACACUGAGCCAUCGAAAUUUGAAUUUAGGCUGCCAUACAUGUGGAAACGUUAGCAACAUAAUUACUGGGUAAGUAUAUACAAGACCUUAUUUUAUUAUAAAGAUAUCAUAUUUUUAGUUUAACAGUUUGGAAAUUUAACCUAUACAGAACUUGUGUUUUCAGAUUCAUACAGGGACACAGAAGACAGGAAUGGGAAAAAUUAAAUUUGUUCACACAUGUUUAGCACUGCAUUAGUCUAACAUUUGCACUGAAUUUGUAAGUGCUAAGUGUCCAAUAUCAUUGGUACUGUAUUGUGUAUAGUAAACUUCUAUGUGUUAAUGAAUAUCACUUCUCUUUGCCACAGAUAACCUGUUUUGUUAUAAACGAUCACUGAUAAUCUAUGAAGGAACAUGUUUUCUUCGUAUCGAAUUAAUUUUCUUCAAUAACAUACUCUAGUUAGGUUUGAUCAAAACAUCAAAUUCAACAUAAACCACGAACGAGAAGUCCUGAGGAGACGACGCCCAAAACGUAAACAAACCGCCAUAACCUGAAUUCAUUAUUUGCCUUAAUAAUUACCAUUAAAUUACCCAGUUCAUUAGUAAAUAAUCUAAAAUUUUAGUUAUAUUCCCAACGAUUGCUUACAAUUGUCCACCAAUUAACUUAUUAGAAUGAAUGAAAACAAGCGAAACCACUUCUAAACCAGAAUCACAAACAUAAACACUGUCAAAUAAAAGACGCCCAAAAUGUCAACAAACUGACGCCAUUGACUUCCUCAGUAGCUUAGCUGCCUAACUUCUAUUCAAACGUCUUUUAUCUUCUAUAAUAGUUGCCGUCUUAAUCAUCGAGACAAUUCAUAAUUAAGCGUAGUAGUUGAUCAAUUGCAAAUAUAACUGAUAAAUAGUGUAAUAGUGUGUGCCUAAAAGGACCGUGAGAGCCAGGAAUGAAGAGUGCAAGUGGUGUCUCGGGCUUAGCCCUAGAACGUCAAUCAGUCAAUCAUAAGUAAAUAAUUCGUGAAGCACCAAAUGCAGACUUGUUGAGAGGUCCUUGGAAAUUAAAGUUACAGUCCAUAAUUGUCGAAAAGGAACUAUUUUUUGGUCUUGUUGGAAACUUGUUAAGACUGUUGUACUUUUUAUUUUUCUAUUCUCCCUCAGAAGAACCUUCCUUCCUUCGUCAGUUUUGAUUAGCAUCAGGAUUUUGGGAAAUGUAUGUUGUUUAAUGGUACUACAUGGAACAUUACCAAUAGCAGCUCUUAAAGUGUGUGAGACAACAGUGAAUUAUUGUACAUGUAUUUAACAAAUUUAAACAAGUAAAAUUUGCUUUGAAUAUUAGAUUCAUACAUCAGCAGUGAAAUCUGGUUGUAGUCCAUCAAGAUAUUGUUCAGAUUUAUUCGGUAAUUAUUUGUAAAGAAUUCUGUGUUAAGAGUUGUGAAUUGAACACAUUGUCAUUACAGAACAGGAAAGGACAAAAGGAUAAAAUGAAUCCAGAAUAUUCUUUAGAAUUUCCUUUGAAAAGUGAAACUGAAGGUGCAUUAUCACUACCUUCCAUAUAUCAAGAAAACAGCAACUUGGCUGCCUUUAGUGGAACCAGUAAUGGAGACUUUUUGUCUCUGGAUCCAUUGAUGGACAUCAAAGUAGAAUCAGAGGAAUUCUGUGAGUCUAGUGAAGAUGAUGACUAUUCAUAUGAAAUGAAUUCAACAGUGAAUGAAAAACAUUCACAAACUUGCAAAAAGGAAGUAAAACAAGAAAGAAGGAAUAGUCACAAUGGAGAGAAGCCUUUCAGAUCAACUGAUUGUGAGAAAACAUAUUACAAAAAAAUUAAUCUUACAAAUGAUAUCACAAAUCCGACCAGAGAGAAAUUCAUAUGCUAUAACUGUGGGAAAGCAUUUUCCUUGAAACAUUAUCUUAUAGUUCAUAUGAGAAUCCAUACAGUAGAGAAGCCAUUCACGUGCAACGAAUGUGGGAAAGCAUUUUCCCGGAAAUCAAAUCUUCCACGUCAUAUGAGAUUGCAUACAGGAGAGAAGCCAUAUAUGUGCAACGAAUGUGGGAAAACAUUUUCCCAGAAACCAAGUCUUACAAGUCACAUGAGUUUACAUACUGGAGAGAAGCCAUAUAUGUGCAAAGAAUGUGGGAAAGCAUUUUUCCGCAAACCACAUCUUACAAGUCAUAUGAGAAUCCAUACAGGAGAGAAGCCAUUCAAGUGCAAAGAAUGUGGGAAAGCAUUUUCCCAGAAAUCAAGUCUUACACUUCAUAUGAGAUUGCAUACUGGAGAGAAGCCAUUUAUGUGUAAAGAAUGUGGGAAAUCAUUUUACCAGAAACCACAUCUUACAAGUCAUAUGAGAUUGCAUACUGGAGAGAAACCAUUCAGAUGCAAGGAAUGUGAUAAAGCAUUUUCCCUGAAAUCAAAUCUUACAGAUCAUAUGAAAUUGCAUACUGGAGAGAAGCCAUUCAUGUGCAAGGAAUGUGAUAAAGCAUUUUCCCAUAAAUCAAGUCUUACACUUCAUAUGAUAAGAUUUCAUACUGGAGAGAAGCCAUUCACGUGCAACGAAUGUGGGAAAUCAUUUUCCCAGAAAUCAAAUCUUACACUUCAUAUGAGAUGCCAUACUGGAGAGAAGCCAUUCACGUGCAACGAAUGUGGUAAAGCAUUUUCCCAGAAACCGGAUCUUACACGUCAUAUGAGAUGGCAUACUGGAGAGAAGCCAUUCAUGUGCAAAGAAUGUGGGAAAGCAUUUUCCCAUAAACCAGAUCUUACACGUCAUAUGAGAAUCCAUACUGGAGAGAAACCAUUCCUGUGCAAGGAAUGUGGGAAAACAUUUUCUCAGAAAUCAAAAAUCACACUUCAUAUGAGAAUCCAUACUGGAGAGAAGCCAUUUAUGUGUAAAGAAUGUGGGAAAGCAUUUGCGAGGAAAGAUGAUCUUACAAUUCAUAUGAGAAUCCAUACUGGAGAGAAGCCAUAUAUAUGCAAGGAAUGUGGGAAAGCAUUUUCCCUGAAAGGAAAUCUUACACGUCAUAUAAGGUUGCAUACUGCAGAGGAAAAAGAAACAACAUGAUAAAAUAAACCAGUUAAGGCAGAGAUCUCUCAAAUGACCAACUAUAUGACAGAUCAAUAUCACUUACAAAAUCUGCUCAAAAAAAACAAGGAAAAUAAAGAAAAAAAUACAGAAUA